AAAAAAAAAAAAGGGUAGACCAUAAAGGCAGAGCAAAGGAGAUGGAGUAGAAAAAAAAAAGAAAUAUUAGAAAAACCUAACCAGGGAAGAUGCAGUGGAAGGGAGUAGCUUACAGCAAAAGUAGAAUAGAAUUGGUUAACAGAUGAGCACUGUAAAUUGCAUCUGAAAGUUUGGACACUGAGGGCAGGGGAUAUGGCUCAGUGGUACUGCACCUGCCUGGCAAGUGCAAGGUCCUGAGUUUGAUUCCCUGUACCAAAAAGGAAAAAAAGAAAAUUUGGCCAUUGACUCCCAGAAGCUAUUUCUGUGCCCGACUUGGUAGAGGCAGAAGCCAGGUUGCAGACAGACAGACAUUGUGUUGAAUAAUAAUAGAAGAAGAGACAUUAGAGGUAGACUAUGCUGUAAGUAUGGUUGUGAAGCAGAGAGAGAAGGGACAAAGAGAGACUUCACAUACACACACAUACACAUGCGCGCGCGCGCACACACACACACACACACACACACACACACGCAGUAUGAAUGUGCCGGCAGAGGACAUGGAUGGGAGUUGAUGGUGGUAACUUGAAGGGCAGACAAGGUUAAGAAAGAGGACUCUUUAGAAUGUCAGAAAUUUGAUCAUGUUUAUAGCCUGAGGAAUGGAAGAUGAUGGUGAGGGAGAUUAAAUGCCUGUCAGAACAGAUGAUUGAUGAUCCUACCCUAAACUAACACAGAGCUGGGUGGGAACUUCCUCAAAGGCAGCUCAGAGGUGAGGGGGAGGCUAGGGCUCGGCACACAGGAGGCAUUCUGAGUUACCCGCUAAAGAAGAAAUAAGACCAGAACUCAGAGGACAAAGCCAACGGCUGCUGCUUACCCAUGAAGGAGCUGCUAAGUCGCACAUCUCUUGAGACCCAGAAGCUCGAUCUGAUGACUGAAGUGUCUGAGCUGAAGCUCAAGCUUGUUGGGAUGGAGAAGGAGCAGAGAGAGCAAGAAGAAAAGCAGAAAAAAGCAGAGUCGGUUCUGAAUGUGAUCAGUGAGCUGCAGGAACAGAUGUGUAGGCUGCAGCUGGACAUCCACAGGCAGAUUCAAGAGCGCCUGGUGCUCAGUAGGGACCACCCGGAUGAGGUGGCAGCCAGUGACAGUGCAGCCGAGUCCCUGAUCUGCAGCCAGGACUGUGCCCCUGUUGAAGGGUCACCUGAGCUACUUCAAGAGCUCAAGCAUCUCAAAAUUAAAGUGGAAGAGUUGGAAAAUGAACGAAAUCAGUAUGAGUGGAAGCUGAAGGCCACUAAGGCUGAGGUAGCCCAGCUGCAAGAGCAGGUUGUCCUGAAAGAUGCAGAAAUUGAGCGUCUGCACUGCCAGCUGUCUCGGACUGCGGCUCUCCACAAUGACCACACAGACAGAGACCAAGAAAUUCAACGUCUGAAAAUAGGCAUGGAAACAUUGCUGGUUGCCAAUGAAGAUAAGGACCAGCGGAUAGAGGAGCUCACGGGGUUGCUGAACCAGUACCGGAGGAUGAAAGAGAUUGUGAUGGCAACUCAAGGGUCUUCUGAGAGAACUCUCUUAAUCAAUGAAGAAGAACUGGAGGGAAGUUUCAGAAAGCGGAACACUGCAAAUAAAGGCCCUGAAGAAUUAUUAAAACAAGAGAUGCCUCCAAAAUGCAGCUCUCCCAAGAUGGGGCCCCCUCCUCUGCCACAGAAGUCACUGGAAACCAGAGCUCAGAAAAAGCUCUCCUGUAGUCUAGAAGACUUGAGAAGUGAAUCUGUGGAUAAGUGUGUCAAUGGGAACCAGCUCUCCCCUAUGACAGAACCCAAGGACAGCCCUUUCCUGGUGGAGCAGAAAUAUCCUACAUUACCUGGGAAGCUUCCAGGAGCCACGCCCAAUGGAGAAGCUGCCAAAUCUCCUACCGCCUCCCAACCUGACCCCUCAGGGAGCAGCCUGCUAAGGCUGAAUCAUGGUCGGAGUGUCAGUGCCCCUGUAUUAGGAGACACAGAAAGUGGUUGGGAAGAUACAACCACAGCCAAUGACAUCUCAUCCACCUCAUCGGGUACUGAAUCGAGCCCCCAGUCUCCGCUGACACCAGAUGGUAAACGGAGCCCCAAAGGCAUCAAGAAAUUCUGGGGAAAAAUCCGGAGAACCCAAUCAGGAAAUUUCAACACUGAUGCACCAGGGAUGGCCGAGUUUCGACGAGGUGGGCUCCGGGCAACUGCAGGGCCAAGACUGUCAAGAACCAGAGACUCCAAGGGUCAGAAAUGUGAUGCCAAUGCCCCCUUUGCCCAGUGGAACACUGAGCGUGUCUGUGCAUGGCUCGAGGACUUCGGCCUGGCUCAGUACGUGAUCUUUGCCAGGCAGUGGGUGACAUCUGGCCACACAUUACUGACAGCUACACCUCAAGACAUGGAAAAGGAGUUAGGAAUUAAGCACCCUCUCCAUAGGAAGAAGCUGGUUUUAGCAGUAAAAGCCAUCAACACCAAGCAGGAGGAGAAGUCUGCAUUGCUAGACCAUAUUUGGGUGACAAGGUGGCUUGAUGACAUUGGCUUACCCCAAUACAAGGACCAAUUUCAUGAAGCCAGAGUUGAUGGACGGAUGCUUCAAUACCUAACUGUGAAUGAUCUACUCUUUUUAAAAGUCACCAGCCAACUACAUCAUCUCAGCAUCAAAUGUGCCAUUCAUGUGCUGCAUGUCAACAAAUUCAAUCCUCACUGCCUGCAUCGGCGGCCAGCUGACGAGAGUAACCUUUCUCCUUCAGAAGUUGUGCAGUGGUCCAACCACAGAGUGAUGGAAUGGUUGCGAUCUGUGGACCUGGCAGAAUACGCACCCAACCUUAGAGGGAGCGGUGUUCAUGGUGGUCUUAUUAUCCUGGAGCCACGCUUCACUGGGGACACCCUGGCUAUGCUUCUCAAUAUCCCACCCCAGAAGACACUUCUCCGGCGCCACCUGACCACCAAAUUCAAUGCUCUGAUUGGUCCUGAGGCUGAACAGGAAAAGCGAGAUAAAAUGGCCUCCCCAGCUUACACUCCAUUGACCACCACGGCCAAAGUGCGGCCAAGGAAACUAGGAUUUUCACAUUUUGGAAACAUGAGAAAAAAGAAAUUUGACGAAUCGACAGACUACAUUUGCCCGAUGGAACCCAGUGAUGCCGUUGGUGACAGUCAGAGGGGCUACAGUGGCUACCGUAGCCUCAGCCCCCCUGAUUCCCCUGAACUGGAUGGGCUGGACCAGAUGGCACCUUCGGAAGGCACUGUGACACAGAUAGGGCUCCUCUCACAAGAUAUUCACCGUCUUACGACCUUGCUGAGCCAGGACCAGCUGCUGAGUGACUCUUGCCUGACUGCCCCCAACUCUGAUGACUGGAGAUGACAUUCUUUGUGGCUGAGAGCCCGGAGAGGCACGUGUGGAGCCCCAUCUUUGCCUCGGAGGGGACCUGGCACACAGCCAUUGCGGAGCCCAGACUGCAGAUGGGGCUGGCGGGGCAUCUCGGACCUGGGUGCUGACUGCAGCAGAGCAGAGCAGUGGCACAGGUUGUCAGAAGGUGGCCUCGGGGUCCCAAGGAGCUUUUAGUCAUGCUGUGCUCUUCACUGCAGCUUUUUUACUUUUAUACAAGGACUACAAACCUCUUUUGUGGGGGGAACAACAAGAUACCAGCACCAUGCUCCAUGGCUCAUGCUGUUCCUGAUGACAGCCAGGAGGCUGUUUGUGUGUACACGAAAGGGGAGGCGCUGUGAGUCCAUAAAACCGCUGCUGGAGGAAGCAUAUUCUGGAA